AAGCAAAGGAAGCAGUGACAAGCUUCCAGCGCAGUAAUAAGGCAGGAGCUUGCGCCGCAUCGUGCGACUGACUCUCCUCCCUUGUUUUCCAAGUUCUCCUCUCGCGUGUAGACUCUUGGCUCGACUAGUGUACAUCACUUCUUCACUUGAGGCUGCUCGACUUAAACACCUCGAGCCCUCUCCCGUCGAGUUUCGCCCAUCCAUCCAUCCAUCCAUCCAUCCCAUUGUCCGGACGACACACCACCAACAUGACGAUCCAGACAUUCCUCACCCUCGCGAUAGCGGGCCUUGCCCACGCCCAUUUCGGCAUCGAAUACCCGCCGAUGCGAGGCGACACACUCAGCAGCCACGCAAACGAAACUUGGUCCCAAUGGACCAACCCAUGUAAGCCCGCCUUUGACAUUUCCACCUGCUUCCACCCACGGCGACUGGUGAGACGGCCAGGGAGCAAAUAUGCUAAUAAAGUAAAACAAACAGGCGCCGGUGUCCCCUCCAAUCUCACAGGCCGCCCGAUUACCCCGUGGCCCCUGACCGGGGGCUCCCUCAAGCUGGACCUGCACCAUCCCUGGACCUACAUCUUCGUCAACCUGGGCCUGGGUUCGGACGUGUCCAACUUCAACUACACUCUGACCCGGCCCUUCUGGAACGAGACGGGCAACGGCACGCUGUGCGUGCCCCGGCUGGAGCUGCCCGCCGACCUGCCCGUGCGCGACGGGUCGCCGGCCAGCCUGCAGGUCGUGACGGUGGGCGAGGACGGGAACGCGCUGUACAAUUGCGCGGAUAUCGUGUUCCGGGAGGACGCCAAGGUGCUGAGCGGGGACGAGUGCAGGAACAGCGAGGGCGUCACGGUCGCGCCCGUGGUGGUGGAGGCAGAUGAUGAUGCGGCCGGGAACAACACAACCGCGGGCGACAAGGGGAGUGCCGGGUCCGCGAUGGGGGUGAAUACGGCGGCGCUGUCGUCCGUUGUUGGGCUCGCGAUGGUGUUUGUUGCGGGCUUGAGCAUGUGAGCUAUGCGCCUCGGGCUACGGGAAGAUUCUUGGUAAGGGGGGUUGAAUUUGGGAUGGAUGGAAGGUGCAAAUCUGCAUGACGU